UACCCACGCCUGUUUUUAUUUUAACCCUUUCUUUAAAUUUUUAGGUUUUCAUGAGUAACCAAGAAGAGGUCUUAUUGGCUUUUGGCGAUGAAGGCUCUCCCUCACAAAGAGCAAUAAAACAUCCCAUAGCACUAUUCUUCCAUGUACUCUUUCGAUCACUUGCGCUGGUUUUGUACGUCUUUGGGUCCUACGUAUUCAGCAGUAGUUUUGUUCAAUUGUUUAUAGCAAUUAUUCUUUUGUUGGCUUUGGAUUUUUGGGUCGUGAAGAAUGUCACCGGCCGACUGUUGGUCGGGCUAAGAUGGUGGAACAAAGUAGAGGAGGAUGGGACAAGCGUAUGGCAGUUUGAAUCCAAACAAGCUCCAUCAUCAAAUGUUGAAAGUGUAGUCUUCUGGGUGUCAUUGUUUGCCUUUCCUGUGUUAUGGAUUGUCUUUAUAUUCACGGCUUUACUCAAAUUUGCCUGGAUGUGGAUGUUGAUACCAAUCGUGGGCGUGGCUCUAAACGGUGCUAACGUGAUAGGAUAUGUAAAGUGUCGCAAAGAUGCCGGUACCAAGAUAAGGGCUAUGGCAGGGCAGUUCAUUGGACGACAGUUAAUGAAACAAGCAUUCAGUUCAGGAUCAGAAACAACAUCACAGACAAUGACAAUAUGAUUACAGACUUCUCCUCCUCCUCCUCUCUCUCCCUUUCUUUCCUUGCCACUACUAUUGUUUCUCAUCUGUGUCUCCACAGGCUAGCAAGAUCUCUGAUAAAACGAAUAAUGAAUAAAAUUAUUAUACGAUUGUUAUUAUAAUUAUCAAAAUUAUCUAUAUAAUACAUUUCAAUGGUUUUUAUUAUAAUGGGUCAAGUGGAGAGUUUCAAACAA